GCAAUGAAAGGGCAGUCAGUUUCUUGCUCCAGUGGAAAUUUUUUCUUUAAUGGGCAACGAUUGCGCACAUUCUUUUCCUACGCUGCUGCUCCGCUCCUUUUAUGACUCGGGAUCUCCUCUCGCGCUGCAGUCACAGUAAGCAGGUGAAGCAGAUCCAGGCCCGCCUCGUCACAUCCGGCCUUCUCCUCGCCAGCGUCUUCCACCACAACGCCCUUCUCCGUGCCCACUCCCGCACCGCCUCAGCCUCACCUUCAGUUUCACCUGCCGCCGCUUUCCCCAUUUACACCCAUCUCCUCCGCCGUGGCCUCCGCCCCGACUCCUACACCCUACCCUUCCUCCUCAACUUCUGUUCCCUCCUACUAGCCCGCUACCAUGGCCUCUCCGUCCACGCCCACGCCAUCCGCCUCGGCCGCGACGCCGACCUCUUCCUCGCCAAUGCCCUCAUCCACUUCUACUCCGUCGUCCGCGACCUCGCUGCUGCUCGCCGCAUUCUCGAUUUGGCCUCCUUCACCGACGUCGUCUCCUACAACUCCAUGCUCACCGGUUACCUGCGGGCCGGCGAUUUGGACUCCGCCUGGUCGUUGUUCGACGGAAUGUCUGAGACAAACGUCGUCACUUGGUCCGCUAUGAUCUCUGGCUGCCUUCAAGGAGGGCGAUCCAAGGAGGCGUUGGCUCUCUUCUCGCGGAUGCAGGCGGAGGGACCAGAGCCAAAUGAUAUGACCCUCGUCAGCGUCCUCGCUGCCUGCGCUCACUUGGGAGCUCUGGAGCAGGGAAAGUGGAUUCACAGCUACUUGAGGAGUAAUGGAAUCAAGAUCAGCGUCUUCCUGGGAACUGCAUUGAUCGACAUGUAUGCUAAGUGCGGCCAGGUUCAACUGGCCUUGAAUCUGUUCGAUGAAAUGCCUGAAAAAAAUUUGUUGACUUGGACCACUAUGAUCAAGGGCCUCGCCAUGCACGGCAAUGGUGUCGAGGCACUGCAACUCUUCUCGGUGAUGGGGGCAUCAGGCUUUGUCCCUGAUGAUGUCGCAUUCAUAGGCGCUCUUUGUGCUUGCACUCAUGCGGGGCUGGUCGAUCAGGGUCGCGAGAUCUUUGAUUCCAUGAGAAAAGACUACGGCAUUGAGCCAAAGCUGGAGCACUAUGGAUGUAUGGUUGAUCUAUUGGCACGCAAUGGCUUGCUUGAAGAGGCUCAAGGUCUGAUCAAGAGCAUGCCAAUGGAGCCUGAUGCCCUUGUAUGGGGAGCACUCAUGGCGGGUUGCAAACUCCACAGGAAUGUCGAAUUGGCAGAGCACUCUGUUAAGCAUUUGAUCAAACUGGAGCCGGAUUCCAGCGGUGUUUAUGUGCUUUUAGCAAACAUAUACGCGUCUUCGGGUAGACAUGACAAGGCUAGGGAGGUGAGGUGUAUGAUGAGAACGAAGAGAUUACAGAAGACACCAGGUUGCAGCUUAGUCGAGAUUGGUGGGAGAAUUCAUCAGUUUUUGGUAGGUGACAUAGCUCACCCCCUGAUUAAGGACAUAUUGUCAAAGUGGGAAGAGAUUGAGAGCUUGAUAAAGCUGGAAGGAUAUGUGCCUGACAAGAAAGAAGUACUCCUGAACAUUGACGAUGAGGAAAAAGAAGAUGCACUUGCUCGUCAUAGUGAGAAGUUGGCAAUCGCGUUUGCACUGAUCAGCACUGAGGAAGGCAUGCCGAUUCGCGUGGUGAAGAAUCUUCGAGUAUGCAGUGACUGCCAUCAGGUAACUAAGCUUAUAUCUAAGGUUUAUUGUAGAGAAAUUAUCGUUAGGGAUCGAACACGGUUCCACCUUUUCAAAGGGGGUUCUUGUUCUUGCAAUAAUUACUGGUAGCAGCAAUUGGGACCUUAAUAACUUGAAAAUUGCGGAUCUCUCUUUAGUGGCAUCUGUAUUGCUAUGCUAAACCAACUUGUUUCACUCAACCAUUUGAUCA